AUGGUGCUCCCACUCUUGAAACUCGGAACGUUGGCCUUGAAAACCCUAAGCAAACCCUUCGCCAGUAGAUUGAAGCAGCAGGCCGUUCGUCACCCCCGGUUCCGCCAGCUCAUCGUUAACAUGGCCCAGAUGCAACGGCGCAUCUACGGUCACGCCACCGAUGUUGAGAUUCGGCCCUUGAAUGAGGAGAAGGCUGUUCAAGCUGCGGUUGACUUGAUCGGCGAACUCUUUGUCUUCUCGGUUGCAGGAAUUCUCUUAAUCUUUGAGGUUCAAAGGAGUUCUAGAUCUGAGGCAAGGAAAGAGGAGCUACGAAAGCAAGAGCUGGCGAAUGAGAUACAUAAGUGGCUUGUGCAAGACCUUUUUGUGAAAAUUCUACAAGAGGAAAACAUCAAGGAUUUUGUCAAUGCUGUGAGGCAAAAAAAUGAGAGUUUGGCGGAAGAAGUAGAACUUCUUAAGCAAAGAAUUCAAGAAUUGGAACAGAUUGCCCGGGGGCGAGGACUGACUGGCAUUCUAAAGUUCAGACAAGAUAAUACAGAAAUUGGGAAGGCGGAGAAAACUGCUUGA